CACGCCGCCGCUCCGGUCCGGUCGGUCUCGUCUCGUGACUUCACUCGACUCGUCUCUCCCCAAUCCCACCGACUAGGCCUAAGACGGCGGCGGCGGGAGCUUCCCCAUCAACCGGUGAUCCGUCGACGACAGAGGGUGGAAGGCUUACCCGCCUUCGAUCAAGGCUGCUAGGGCUGGAGACGCCUGCCGCUGAAGACGUCGGGAGAGUGGGGGGGCCGUCUCGGAAGAAGCGCAAGAGGGUGCCUCCGGCGGCGGUGGAGGAGGCAGCGGCGGCAGGAGGGGGUGGAGUCCGGCGGUCGCCUCGUGUCUUCCCGACGUACCCCACGUCUGGCGAAGCGAGUGAUGUUAAUCGUUGGAUUUUGGAGAUGGAGAGACUCUCCAAAAUCCCACUUCCUCCGGGUACUGUGAUUCCUUGCACUCGUAGGAGGAAGCCAAAAGACAUUUACACCGCCAGGGACGUUGCAAGCACGCCGGACAAGCUCAUGAUCAGGAAGGCUGCACGCUCGGUUGUUGCCAUUGAGACCACCUAUUCUGAUGGGAAAAUCAUUGCUGUAUUUUCUGGCAUCGUUGUCAGUUGGAAUGAGACAACUAGGUCUGCAACAAUUGUAACUUGUUCUGAAGCUGUGUGCGAUGAUGGUGCAUUGAUCGACCCCAAACCCAAGGUGCUUGUGCACUUGCCAAACAAUACCAUUCUAGAUGGACAGUUGCUGUUUUUCAAUGACCACUACCGCAUUAUGUUGUUGGAGGUCGUGUCAGACACUCCAUUGCAGCCUGCCAAUUUUGGUUCUACCCCAAAAUUUGGACAAGAUGUGUUUGCUUUGUCAAGGGAUUAUGAAUCAUCAAUGCACGCUAGGCGUGGCACAGUCUUGUGGCAGGAACCACCAAACGUUUUGGAGUACAUGUACUACUGUCUGUCUCUCAGUUGUCAACUAGCCCCGUGUGGCAGUGGAGGAUCGGUGAUUGACCAGCACGGUGAUGUUGUUGGAAUGGCAAUUGGUGCUCCUCCGAAUCCUGAUAUUCUUCCCAUUUCAAUUGUGCAAACAUGCAUUGAAAUGUGGACAAAGUUCAGUCGUAUUGCUCGUCCAGUGCUUAAUAUGGAGUUAAGAGCUUUUGAGCUAAUAGAAGUUUCCCAUCAAGAGGAGAUAGAACUUGAUCACAAUAUUAAUGAUGGCUUCAUCGUAGCUGUGGUUUAUGAUGAUUCUACUGCUGUGAGGCUAGGCAUUUCUCAGGGAGACAUAAUUCUUUCCUACAAUGGAUUGCACGAUUUCACUCUACACAAGCUUGAAGAGUUCCUUCUCUCUCUUGGCUGGGAAUUACUUGCAAGUGGCGAUCCGAGUUGGAAUGUAGGUUUAGAGCUUGUGGUAUAUGAUGCAGUUAGACAUGCUACUAGAUCUAUUACCUAUCCAUUGGAGUUUUCUGAUGCUUCUGAGCGGGUUCUUCCUCCGUGAGGUAUUAUGGAUAAAAGAGUCUGUCAAGCGAUGUGACCAACUGCUACUAUGCCUGUGCUUGUUUUUUUGGCUGUGGUAAGGAAUUUGAAAUGUCAGCUAAUGUCCUUUUGAUUGACCAUAUCUAGUACUCUGGUAGGUCCGUGACUUCGUAAAUUUUUUGGUGAGAUCUGUAAGGAUAUUGUGAUGCAGCCUUUUCUUUGGCUGUGGUAGAUAUUAGGUACUCUUCUUAUCUAGUGGGGUUGUGGCAUAGUAAAUUUUUUGGUGAGAACUGAAACAGAAAUGGAUAUAUUGUGAAGUUGGUGGCUAGGAUUACAGAAUCAAAAGGGGUUGUGGCAUAGUAAAUUUUUGGUGAGAACUGGAACAGAAAUGGAUAUAUUGUGACACUGGUGGCUAGGACA